AUGUCUGAACGUGUUACUCGGGCGCGUGACCGUCUUACAUCAAAUGAGAAAGAAAUUAUGAAAAAGCGAGCAUUAAGCCACAAACUCGGAAAACUUAAUCCGGAUGAAGCUGUUAAAAUUCCCAAAAUCGGUGAAUGGAAUCUUGGACAAACAAAAGUAGCGCCAGAUGAGAAGGAUCUUGAUAUUCUAAAUCAGCCAGUGGAUAUGGGUCCACUUGAUCCUUUACAAAAUGCGCCACCAAUUUCAGCAAUUAUUGAUUUUAAUCCGAAAAAACCUAAAACUAUUCGUGCUAAUUCACGUUUUGAUGCACCUUACAAAAUCAAAGCUCCACCUCCAGUAACAGAACCUUUGUAUACCGGUGGUCAAGCGCCAAAAUCUUUUCCAGCAGGAACUACAUCCUCUGACAUCAGUCAAAUCAUGGUAUCCAAAACGAAACAAGCACCAAAACCCUUACCACCACUACAAGAAUCUCCGCGCAUUGAAUCUACAGACUUCUUUUUACCAAUUGAAUUAUUCGAUGAUUCAAAUUACGAGCAAUAUCCAUUAGAGUAUUUACUUCAACACCCUGAUGCAUUCUCCAAGUAUACAGUUAUAAAUAUGGGCACUGUAUGGAAAAAAUGCAAAGUAUUAGAAUACUUUCCAGAAAACAAGCUAUUUACUAUACAAUGGGAAAAAUCAACACAGAAAAAGAAAGUUACGCGCUUCAAUCUACGUUUUGAAUGCGAAGAUGAAGCAAAAUUUAAUAAAAGAAUCGAAGCAGCGAAAGAAGGCUGCAGAGCAUACGAAAUGGAGUUCCGAUUGAAUUCUCGUAUCAACCAGAUGCCUACAACAGAUUUACCUGAACUUCCUGACCAAGAAAUUUCAAAAAUAACGGAUUUGGCCAAAAAACGCACUACCAAAGAAUAUCCUAAGCUUCUAAACAAUCUCUCCACAGAGAUCAAAGAUGAAUACAAACGAUUGAACAAUACCCUAGAUUUUGCUUAUAAUCUCGAAUUAAAUCCUUUGAUACCAGAUAGAGACGAAUUCCUAUCAUUAAUAACAAAACCACCUGUCAAUCAAGAGUUUGGCCUUGUUACAACUAAUAUUCUCACUUUUCCCGAAGUCAAGCAAAAUAUUAUUGAUGAACAUCCAUACGAAAACGACGUAAUACUUAGUUGUAUACAGAAAAUGUUUCUUACCAUACAACAAUACGCCGAUCUGACGUUUUUAAGUGGAUCAUCAAAUAAAUUAAUAACUCUUGAAGCAUUUAUCGCCGAUCAAUAUCAAAUGCUUGCUGAAAAUGGCAAAGUAUAUCGUGGCCGGAUCCAAGAAACACUAGAAUCGCUUGCAAGUACCACAGUCACUCAAGUAUUGAAUAAAUCUGGUCAAAAAGAAAUCCAUCGAUUGGAGAAAAUGGUUAAUACUGCUGUAAGAAUGACAAAUUCACAAGCGAUUCUUAGCGCCCAGAAAACGCUUGACCAAUACUUGAAUAUUUUCCAACAACACAUUGAUAAUGAAAAAGAAAUUCCUCCACAAUUUUUAUUGGAUCUUAUUUUUGAUGGUGAUAAAGGUUUACAAGUUAUUCCAUCCCCUGAAUCAUUCAUUGAUCAAAUAGUAUCAGUAUUACCUCAACUGGAAUCAACUUUACUUGAUAUACCAACAAUUGUUAUGCCAAUGGUCGAAUUCAACAUUUCUAACAUGUUUUUUGAGAAUACAAUACAAGAUAUAAACGAAACACACGAUUUACUUGAAGAAACUCUUAAAAAACUGUUUGAAAAAGUGAAUGAAUUCCUUGAUAGUUAUCGUUUCUUUGAAUCUAGUUUAUCAAUAAACACUGAUAAUUUUAUAAAGGAAUUCGAUCCAGAUGGAAACAGACCAUUGGAAGAUUACCACAAACAAAUAAAAGAACUACAAAAUACUACAAGAAUAUUGACACAAGAAAUGAAACCAAAAGUUGCAAUAGGACCUUUUGAAAUACAAUGUGCUUCUUUCUGUGAAAUGAUGGCAUUUCAUACUCAUGAAAACUAUACUUUGUUAUUAAAACAAUUCAAACAAUACGCAUCAAGAGAUGUAAAACAGUUACAAGAAGUAUUUGACAAUAUUAUGGAGAAAUUAAAAGUUAUGCCAACAACUCCUGAAGAACUGAAUGAAUUAAAGAAUUUCGCAACACAAGUUAAAAACAAAGAUGAAGAAAGGAAACAAAUAAUCAAGAAAAUCAAUGAAAGAUAUGAUUUCUUGAGCUCUUAUCAGUUCGAAAUAUCAAAUGAAGAAGCAGAUGAAUACUACAAAUUGUUGUCAAUGCCAAACAAAUUGACAUUGAUGCUGGAUGACGCAGAAAGAACUGUACAAGUUGAAAGAAUAAGAAUGAUUAAAGAUUUAAGAACAAAUCAAAAGAGUUUGGAACAAGAAACAACAGAAAUUUCCAAACAAAUACCUUUAAUUAUCACAAAAUACCAAGAUUUGGAAGAUUCAAUAGAAGCUUAUGACGCAGUUACUGAAGUUGAUAAAGAAUUACAUAGAUUGAAAGAUUUGGACUCGAAAUAUUCCAAUCAAGAUGAAAUCUUCGGUUUCGAUGCUGCUCCUUGUCGUCCUCUUGAUAAAUUAUGUCAAGAAUUCGCUCCGAUAAGUAUGUUAUGGAAUCUUGCAAGUGAAUGGAAUUCUACAAGUUCACAAUGGCUUGAUACUCCUUUCUUGCAAACUAAACCUGAUCAAAUGAAUAAUUUCAUUGCUUUGUGUAUCAAGAAAAUCCAAAAACUCAAAAAAGAUUUGUUGAAUCACCAGGAUUUAAUGAACCAUGUUUUGUUACCUUUGGCUGAUGCAAUUAAUAAAUUCAAGCAGCCAUUGCAAUUAGUGUCUAAAUUAAGACAUUUAGGUAUCAAAACAAAACAUUGGGAACAAAUCUCUGAAAUUGUUGGAUUUAACUGUGUUCCAACAAUGGAUUUAACAUUACAAGGCUUUCUACAAAUGGAUUUAGGAAGAUGGGGACAACAAAUAACUGAAGUUGCUUCUGUUGCCAUGCAGGAAUAUUCCAUUGAAUCUGUUUUGGAUAAACUUGAUCUCGAACUCGAAACAACACAAUUCAUAACAAUUCCGUUCAGAGAUUCAGGUCAAUUCAUCAUUUCCGGUGUUAAUGACAUCAUUUCUAUAAUUGAUGACCAAUUAGUCACUUCACAAACUCUUCUUUCAUCUCCUUACAUCGCUCCUGUAAAGAAAAGAGCUCUUGAAAGAUUGGAUUUCUUGAGACAUUGCCAUCAAACAAUGGAAGAAUGGGUCACGUGUCAAAGACAGUGGCUUUAUUUACAGCCAAUCUUCAGUGGCUCCUCAAUACAGAAGAAACUCCCAAGAGAAGCUGCAAGCUGGGCAAACGUUGAUAAGUUAUGGGCAUCGUCAAUGACGUUGACUCAUAAUCAUCCAAGUUUCGUAAAUGUCAUGAAACGUGACAAAAUUUUUGAAACAUUUCAAGAAUGCAACAGAUUGUUAUCUUUCGUUUACGAAGGCUUGAACACGUAUCUAGAAACGAAGAGACAAGGAUUCCCGAGAUUCUUCUUCUUGUCAAAUGAUGAAAUCAUUGCAAUCUUGAGUACAACAAAAGAUUACGCUGAAGUACAAAAAUCAUUUAAGAAAUUGUUUGAAUACGUGAAUUCUUUGACGAUUACUCCUGAAAGAUUCAUCACAGAGAUGCAUGAUGGAGCAACAGAAACAGUACCUUUGAUAAACCAAAUCGAUGCGAACACAGAAGAAAUUGAAGAAUGGAUGAAUAAUUUCGAAGAUGAAAUGAAAAACACACUCAAAAACAAGAUCCAAGAAGCGAUUUCCCUUUAUUCGAAGAAGAAAAGAAGUGAAUGGAUGGAAGAGUUUCCAGCACAAGUCAUCUUAAUAUCCAAUCAAAUAUUAUGGACACAAUUAAUAACAUCUGCUUUGAGAUCAUCUAAAAAGAAAGGAAUUGUUAAUUUACAAGCAAAAUACAGUUCCGUUUUAGGUGAAUUAACCGAAAUAAUAAGAACAGAUUUAUCUCCUGGCAUGAGAAUGCUUGUUUCCUGCAUGCUAAUCUUCGAAGUUCACAACAGAGACAUCAUUAAUUUAAUGGUCAGAAACGAUGUUGAUGAUGUCGAGAGUUUCUUAUGGGAACAACAAUUGAGAUAUUACUGGGAAGAUGAUACAGUCAUUGUCAGAUCAAUCAACAACAAUUACGAGUAUUCUUAUGAAUACGCGGGUAACUCAUCAAGACUAGUUAUCACUCCUUUGACUGAUAGAUGUUACCAAACACUUUUAGCAGCAUUUAAACAGAAUUUAAGUGGUGCUCCAAGUGGUCCUGCAGGUACAGGAAAAACAGAAACAGUCAGAGAUUGUGCAAAAGCGCUCGGAAGACCAUGCGUCGUAUACAACUGCUCUGAAGAAGUUACUCCUGAACAGAUGUCACAGUUCUUCGCUGGUUUGGCAACAAGUGGUUCAUGGAGUUGUUUCGAUGAAUUCAAUAGAAUUAACAUCGAAGUUUUGAGUGUAAUUGCACAACAAUUACGAUGCAUUCAGAACGCAAUAGCUUCACAAUGCGAGAUGUUUACAUUAGAUAAAAGACAGCUCAAACUAAAUCCAAGUUGCGCUAUUUGUAUAACAAUGAAUCCUGGAUAUGCAGGAAGAACAGAACUCCCUGAUAACUUGAAAUUAAUUUUUAGACCAAUCGCGAUGAUGGUUCCUGACUUUGUUUUCAUUUGUGAAAUCAUGCUGUUCUCAGGAGGUUUCACAGCUGCAACAACACUUGCUGUUAAGCUUGUUGCUGUCUUCAAACUCUGCCAGACACAGUUAAGUAACGCAAUUCAUUACGAUUGGGGUUUGAGAACAAUGAAAACAAUUUUAAUAACUGCUGGAGAAAUGAGAAUCAAAAAACCUGACAUGAAAGAAUUCCUUAUUUUAGUUGAAUGCAUAUGUAAUAGCAUUGAACCAAGAUUAAUUGCCGAUGAUGUUGUUUUGUUCGAAGAUAUAAUUGUUGACGUGUUUCCUGAAGUCAAGCCAGAGAAAUACAUUCCAGAUGAUUUCAAAGAAGCAAUUGAAGAAUCAUUUAGAAAGAAUGAAGCAUUUCCUGACAGUAAACUCGUGAGAAAAGCAAUGGAUGUUUACGAUACAAUGUCACAAAGACAAGGAACAAUGUUAGUUGGAAGAGCAUUGAGUGGUAAAUCUGUUACAUGGAAAUCUUUGAGAGAUGCAAUGAAUAAAUUGUCAGAAAAAGAUGAAAAAUUCAAAGUAUCCGUCAAAUCAAUGAAUCCUAAAGCAGUUACGAUAUCCGAAUUAUAUGGUUUAUUUGAUCCUGUCACAAUAGGCUGGAGUGAUGGUAUUUUGUCUAAUGCUAUUAGAGAAGAUUCGAAAGAAGAAGACAAUUUCAAUCAUUGGAUUAUUAUUGAUGGCCCUGUUGAUUCUCUUUGGAUUGAAUCAAUGAAUUCUUUGUUAGAUGAUAACAGAGUUCUUUGUUUACCAAAUAACGAAAGAAUCAAUUUAGGACAGAAAGUAAAGUUGUUGUUUGAAACAGAUUCAUUGGCACAAGCUUCUCCUGCAACUGUUUCUCGUUGUGGAAUGAUUUAUUUCGAUACAGAAGACAUACAAUGGACAUUUAUUACUGAUAUGUGGCUUGACAAGAUCAAACAACAAUAUCCAUUGGUAGAAAACUUGUUGAGAACUAUUUUCCCACAUUAUAUUCCUAAAUUAAUCCAAUUCGUAACAAAUGACGCUCAACAAGCCAUCAAACAAAAUCCUUUGUUCAUUUUGAAGAAUAUGCUGAAUAUAAUUGAAUCUUUCUUUGACAUUUUGAGACAAUACGAAACAGUUAUUUCACCUGAUACUGAUGAACGGAAACAAGUUGAUCCUUUAGAUCAUUCUCUUUAUACUGCUUGUUACAAUUCAAGAGUUGCAACAACAUUUGGAAUAAUUGAACCAGAAAAAGUUCCUCUUUUAUUCGAAAGAAUUUUCAUUUUCGCUGUUGUUUGGAGUUUUGGAGCAUCAUUAGUUGAUGAUUCACGUAAUCUAUUCGAUAAAUUCCUUAGAGAUCACAUGGAUAAAGUUAAUUCAAGAUACCAAUUUCCUCCGAAAUUCACUGUUUUCGAUUAUUUCGUUGAUAUUGGCCACUUUUCAUGGAUUGUUUGGUGCGAUGGAAGCCAAGUUUUACCAAUAAAUCCAACAGUUCCGAUCGAACAACAGUUUGUUCCAACAAAUGAAUCAGUUGCUCCUCAGUACAUCACUAGAAUCCUCAGUGCACAUCAUAAACAUACAUUGUUAAUUGGUCCUGAAUCAUCCAAAUCAUUGUUGGUUAAAACAACGUUUUCAAAUCUUCCUGAAAAAUACGAUAAACAUGUAAUACCGAUGUCCAAUUGCGUAGAAGCGAAAGAAUUAUAUACAGACAUCAAGUCAUUGUUACAGAAAAGACAUGGUGCUUAUGGACCUCUUCCUGGACAAUCUCUUUUAGUGUUUUUGGAUAAUAUUGGAACACCAAAACCAGAAUUAUAUGGUGCACAACCUCCUUUAGAAUUCAUAAGACAAAUAAUUGAUUACGGAGGUUGGUAUGAUACUAAGAAGGUUGAAUUCGAAAAUGUCGCUGAAACAACAUUCAUUUCUGCAAUGGAAAUGCCUGUCGGACAUUCAUUUAACAUUCCAGAAAGAUUGUUAAGACAUUUUGUUUCUUUACACAUUCCUAAGACAAACAAAUCAUCUCUCAACACAAUAAUCACAGGAUUAUUAACACAACACCUCGAGAAACAUGAUUUGUCUGUUAAAGAAUUGAUAAGACCAACUGUUGCAGCAACAAUUGACAUCUACUUGGAAAUAUCAAAGACAUUGUUACCUGUUCCUUCGAAACCUCAUUAUAUCUUCGGAUUAAGAAACAUCGUGAGAGUUAUCAAAGGAAUUGUUUUGAGUCCUUCUCAUGAAAUUCCAAAAGACAUUGAUUUCAUGCAUUUAUGGUGGCAUGAAAUGCACAGAGAGUUCUAUGAUAGAUUCAACACUGAAGAGACAAAACAAUGGUUUAGUUCUUUGAUAAAUGAUAUCUUUGCUCAACAAUUCCAUGUCCAAACUAAUAAAGUAAUUUACGGACAAAUAACAUUUAACAAUUACUCAAAUAGCGAAAGAACAUAUGUUGAAGUUGAAGAGAAACAAGAAUUAUCAAUGGAUAGAUGCAAGAAAUAUCUUGAAGAUCAUAACUCAACAAUGCCAAAACCAUUAAACAUUGUAAUGUUCCAAGAAGCAGUUGACCAUUUAUCGUCAAUUUCAAGAGGUUUGGCUUUCCAAAGAGGACAUUUGAUGCUUGUUGGAUUGAAAGCAAGUGGUAGAAAAUCAUUGGCGAGAUUAGCAAUGUAUAUUAGUGAUAUACAAUUGUUCGAAAUCGCUUUGACAAGAACUUAUGGAAUUUUGGAAUGGAGAGAAGACAUAAAGAACUUGUUGAAACAAUGCGGAAUAAAGAACCAACAAACAGCAUUCAUGAUCAGUGAUUAUCAACUGAUUAAAUCAUUCCAAUUGAGUGAUAUUUCGAAGUUAUUAAGUGAUAGUUGGAUCUAUAAUUUGUUCUCGAAAGAUGAACUCGAACAAGUUAAAACAGAGAUCUCUAAUGGUGUCCAAUUAGAUGAAGAUCCUUUGAUUAUGUUCAAAGAAAGAAUAAGAAACAAUUUACAUAUUGUUUUGAUUGUUUCUCCUUCUUCUUCGAUAUUCCAAGAAACUCUUCAUUCUUUCAGUGAUUUACUAAAAGAAACAACAAUGGAUUGGUUCAUGCCAUGGUCAUCAAAUUCAUUAGAAGCUGUUGCAACAAAUGUUUUGGAGAAAUCUUCAAUUUCUGAUCCAGAAAUGAGGAAGAAAAUUGUUUCUUUCUGCGUAAGAGCACAUAAAUCUGUUGAAGCAACAAGUGCUAAAUACUUAGCAGAAAAGAAGAGAUACACAGCUAUUACUCCUUCCAGAUUCUUUGAUUUGUUAAAGUUGUUCAUGCAGAGAUUGGAAAAUCAAAUAAGUCAAACAGAACAAAAAGUCAAAGAUUUCGAUAGUGGAAUUGAAAAAAUCGAGAAAACAAGAAACCAAAUCCAAGAACUCUCCAAACAAUUGGAUAUUGACAUUCCUAUUCUCAAAAACAAACAGAAGAAUGUCGAAGAUCUCAUCAAAGACUUACAGAAGAAACAAGCAGAUGUAGAACAAACAAGAACAGCAAUCAAAGAACAAAGUGAAAAAGCAGAAGUCGAAGCAACAGCUGCUGCUGAAGCGAAUAAAAUCGCUCAAGAAAAACUGAAUGAAGCGAAACCAAUUUUACAAGGUGCACAAGAUGCAAUCGACAUGAUUGAUAGAGAUUCGAUUGUUAACAUCAAACAAUUGAAGAAGAUUCAUCCUGCUUUGCGAGAAGCUUUCGAAGCAAUUUGUAUUUUGUUUGGAAGACAACCAAGAAAAGUAGACAGUGGAACACCAGGAGUAAAGACAGAAGAUUAUUGGCCAGAAGCUCUUGUUCUUCUAAAUGAUGUCGCUUUUCUAAAGAAAAUAAGAAACUUCCAACCUGAUACAAUAACGAAAGAAACAAUCAAGAAAUUGGCUAAAUACGUGCCAACAGAUAAAAAGACGAGAGAAGACAAAUUGGCUGAUGUAAGAAGUGGUUAUCAUGCAGUAGGAAACAUCUAUUUCUGGUUGUGUUCUUUGUAUGAUUAUUGGUAUGUCCACCAAGAAAUUAUUCCUCUCCAAAACGAAGCAGAUGCAGCUGCAAGCAAAUACGAGAAACAGCUUGAAAUACUGAAUAAUUCUAAAAACCAUUUGGCAGAAACUGAAGAACAACUCAAAGAUCUUCUAUCCCAAGUUGACACAGAAAAGAAGAACGUCAAAGAACUUCAAGACAGUGUCAACAUCACACAAUUAAAACUCUCUAGAGCACAGAAAAUCAUGGUCGGAUUAGGAGUUGAAGUCAAGAGAUGGAACCAACAAAAAUCCGAUUUGAUUGCAAGUUCUACGAGUGUUGUUGGCGACAAUUUGUUGAUCUCUGGUUGUCUGACGUAUUUCGGAGCAUUCGGACCAACAUACAGACAGAGAUUGAUGGAUGAAUGGAGAAUGUAUUUGUUGAACGACAGUUUUGUUUUCGCUUCCAAUUUCUCUAUAAUCCAACAACUCGGAAACGAUGCGAAAACAAGACAAUGGAUUUACAUGGGUCUUCCAAAUGAUUCUCAUUCAAUUGAAAACGCUUUGAUCAUUGAAGCUUAUCCUGAAUCAUUCCCUCUUUUAAUUGAUCCUCAGUUCAACGGCACGAAAUGGUUGAAACUGUUUGAAGGUGACCAAUUAAAAGUCCUGCAUUUCGACCAAUCAGAUUUUGUCCAACAACUCAAAUCAUGUAUAACAUUUGGUUUGCAUGUUUUGAUUGAAAAUGUUGGUUUCGAAUUCGAUCCAAUCAUUGAGCCAAUUCUUUCCAGAGAGUUCAUAAUAACAGAUGGAAUGAAGAAGAUCUCAAUUGGCGGUGAAUACAUUGAUUACUCACCAAACUUCAGAUUGUUUAUGUCCACGAAAUAUCCAAAUCCUCAUUAUUCUCCUGAAAUUUGUUCCGAAGUUUCUUUGAUCAAUUUCGUCACAACACAGAGUGGAUUGUCCGAUUUCCUGAUGAAUUCCUUGAUAGAAGUAGAAAGAGAUGAUUUAGACAAGAAGAGAGUUUCUAUCAUGGAAUCAAACGCCGAAAACACAAACAAACUCAAAACUUUGGAAGGCCAAAUUUUGACAAUUGUUAAUAAUGCUGGCGAAGACAUUUUAAGUGAUGACAAUGCAAUAAACACUUUAACAAGUGCCCAAAAGACAACAUUGUCAAUCGAACAACAAUUAGCAUUAUCAGCUAAAACGGAAUUACAAAUACAACAAUACAGAACUAAAUUUGUUUCCGUUGCUGAAUAUGCUGCACAAUUAUAUUUCUGUGCAUCAGAUUUUUCGAUUAUUGAUCCAAUGUAUCAAUUUUCAUUGAUGUGGUUUGUUGACAUCUUCAAGAAAGCUGUUAAAGAAGCACCACAUCCACAAGAUGUCAAUCAAAUGAUUGCAAGUUUCCAACAUUCCAUUGGAGUCAAAUUCUUCCAAAGUGUUUCUUAUUCUUUGUUUUCAAAACACAAAUUACUGUUUUCUUUCUUAGUAACAGUCCGUGUUUUGUUAUUCCAAGAAAAGAUUACACAAUCGGAAUUGGCUUUUCUUUUAUCUCCAACAAUUGAGAAAACAGAGAAAGCUAUUAGAUGGAUAUCUGAUAGUCAAUGGGAUCUUGUUUCUGCAUUGACAAAAUCAUCAAAUUCAUUUGCGAAUUUGAUAACAAAUAUCCAAGAAAAAGAAGAUUUGUGGCGCCAGUACAUGUCAUCAACAAAUGCAGAAAAUGUUGAUCCUCCAAUGGGAACAACACCAUGGGAACAUCUCUUGAUAUUAAGAGUCUUCCAUUUCGAUAGAGUUUGCAAUGGAAUGAGAGUUUUCAUUUCUAAAACUCUUGGAAAAGAAUUCAUCGAACCUCCGCCAUUAAACAUCCGACAAAUCUUCGCGGAUUCGAAUCCUUUGACUCCUUUAAUUUUCGUGAUUACGCCUGGUAUCGAUCCGCAAGACGAAAUACUCUCAGUUGCUGAACAUUUAGAAGUUUCUCGCGCUGUUAAGUUCUAUUCUCUUGGAAGAGGAAGAGGACAAGGUGCAGAAAAACUGAUUGAAGAAGCUUCUUCUGCAGGAUUCUGGGUAAUUUUGCAGAAUUGCCAUCUUUCUUUAUCAUGGAUGCCUAGAUUGGAACACAUUGUUGAUGGAUUAGUUGGAAAUGUCCAUCCAAGAUUCAGGUUGUGUUUAGUUACGAUGUCUACACCUCAAUUUCCAAUUGGUGUUUUGUUCCGAGGCACAAAAUUAAUUUACGAAAUUCCUAAAGGAGUUAGAGAGAACAUGAUGAGAAUAUAUAGUGGUUUCGAUCAAGAAAUGUACAAUGAAAACAAUAAUUUACUUGAGAAACAACUCACUUUCCACUUGGCUUUCUUCCACGCUGUUGUUUUGGAGAGAUUACAGUUUGGAAGUUUGGGAUGGAAUGUUCCUUAUGAAUUUAAUUUGAGUGAUUUCAACAUUUCUCGGAAACAACUUGCUUCUUUCAUUUCUGAAGCAGGUGGAGAUGUUGCACCAUUUGAGUCAUUGACAUAUGUCAUUGGCAAACUCAAUUACGGUGGAAGAGUCACUGAUAAAUGGGACAGUCGUUUGUUACAAGCGAUUUUACAACAAUUUUUGUCACAAACAGCAAUAAGUUCCGCGGAACCAUUUGGCCAACAUUUCCUUGCUCCUCCUCCAAACUCAUCGCACGAAGAAGUACUAAAACAAAUCAACAAAUGGGACGUAGUUACACAAGGAGAAGACAUCGGAUUAUCAAAGAACGCAAGCACAAUUGUCGCAAGACAUGAAGCACAUAACAUUUUUAAUUCUGUCAUCGAAAUUGAUCCAACAUUAAUUUCUACUUCUGGAUCUUCUGAUGACACGUCUUAUAUAACUAAACUUGUAGAGAACUACGCGAAACAAUUACCACAGCAGUUCAAUACAGCGCAGUUAACAAGACAAAUGAGAGCUUCAUCGAGUAAUUGCGAUGUUUUCUUAGUUUGUUUAUUGCAUGAAUGUCAUUUAUAUAAUAAUUUGUUAUCUGUUAUUUCUUUGUCUUUGUCUGAAGCACAGGAUGCAUUGAAUGGAAGCAGAUUAAUGAAUGAUGAUAUCUCUCAAACAAUACAUUCAUUAGUUGCCAACAAAGUUCCUCCGAAAUGGAGAUCUGCUUCUUAUUUAACUUCUCUUCCUGCAACGCUAUUCAUUGAAGAUUUGAUUGAUAGAACUAAAUUCAUUGACGCAUGGACAAGAGGUGUUCGACCAAAGGUAUUUAAACUUGGCGCUUUCUUCCAUCCUGAAGAGUUCUUAACAGCUCAUUUGCAGUUGUUCGCAAGGAAAAACAAAGUUCCUUUCGACACUGUCAGAUGGUCAACGAAAGUUUUGAGUGAAAGAACAGGUGCAGCAAUAAAUGAAGAACCAGAAGAUGGUUUGUACGUUGAAGGACUGUUUAUAGAAGGCGCAAAGUGGAGUAGCAGUGAGAAUUGCUUGGUAGAAUGCAACUCUUCUGAUUUGAUUUCGACACUUCCUGUAAUUCAUUUGAUUCCAACAACAGAUCCGGACGACAAAGGUUAUGAAUGCCCUGUUUUCAGGACACAAGUAAGAGGAACUGGAGCUUUGGAUCCACCAAACUAUAUCAUGAGUCUGUGGCUGCCAAAUGGAAAACUAUCACAUGCACACUGGAUACAAAGAUCUGUGGCAGCUAUCAUAACAGUUCGUGAAUAA